AGUUUGAGGCACCGUUAAAGCUGACUGAAGAGUUGGAUCUGAGAUCAUUGUUUGUCUUCACCUCCAACUAACCAGAGUGACAUUGAGAACUGGAGCUGAUGAACUACAGAACAACUUCCUAAGUACAUCCAGGAAGAAGAGAAGAUGAUGAACUACAGAACACAGCUUUCUAAGAACAUCCACAAAGAAGAGAAGAUGAUGUCAGAUGAGAACGAUUCAGAGCAGCCAGCUGAUCUGAGAAUAUUUCUGGUGGGGAAGACUGGAGCAGGGAAGAGUUCAACAGGAAACACCAUCCUGGGGAGAGAUGCCUUUAAAGAAGAGUUCUCCUUUGUGUCUGUAACUGAAAAAUGUGAGAAACAGAGUGGAGUGGUGGAUGGGAGGAAGAUUGAUAUCAUCGACACCCCGGGGCUCUAUGACACAACAAUGUCUGAAGAAGAGAUGAAAAGUGAAAUAGAAAAGGCCAUCUACAUGUCAGUUCCAGGACCCCACGCCUUCCUGCUGGUGAUCAGACUGGGGAGGUUCACAGAGGAGGAGAGGAACACUGUGAAGUGGAUCCAGGAGAACUUUGGAGAAGAAGCAUCAAAGUACACCAUCUUGCUGUUCACUGGUGGAGACCAGUUGAAGGGGAAAACAGUUGAAGAGUGUCUGAAACCUUGUGUUUCACUUCAGGAACUGAUCAAAAGUUGUUUGGGAAGGUACCAUUGUCUCAAUAAUGAUCAGAGGGAUGACCGUCUUCAGGUCAAAGAGCUGCUGAGGAAGAUAGACGAGAUGGUGAAGAAGAAUGGAGGAAAGUACUACACCAAUGAGAUGUACCAGGAGGUCCAGAGGAAAUUGAGAGAGGAGGAGAAGAGGAGGAGAGAGGAGAUGGAGGAAGAGAGUAGGAGAAAGAUGGAGGAGAAAUUGGAGGAAGAAAGGAAGAGACAGAAGGAAGAAAGGUGGAGACGGGCUGAAGAAAUGAAAAGGAACAUAUUAGUUGCAUCUUCAGUAACAGUUGGGGUAGCUGGGGUAGCUGGGGCUGCAGCACUUAUUGCUGCUGAAGCAGCAGUGGUUGUGGUAGCAGGACACAUUCUGUUGGCUGGGGCAGCUGUAUAUAGUAUAGUAUCCUUGGUAACGAAGAAAAAACAGUAAAAAACAGAAGUAUGUUUUCUGCCCAGUGACCACAGAUGGAAAUUAGCUACUGUAUACAGAAGCUGGUACAAUACUUAUGCUAUUAACGUUAAGCAUGGUACUUGAUGAAUUAAUAAACAAAUUAAGUUAUAAAUAAUUACAUGUAUACUGUAGGUGAUUCAAAACAAAAUAAUACAAUUAGAUCAAACUUUUUGGGGUUUAUUUAAUGAAUCUAUUUGUGAUUCAAAAAGGGUUAAAGAGGUGAACUUCUAAUGUAAAUGGAUAUAUGAUACUAUUUCAGUAGACUAUUGUGGUUUUAAUCCUCUGUGAUGUUAUAUACUAUAUGUAUGUAUUGUACUCAGCUAAGACAACUUUAAAUGUAUUUUAAAAAACAAAAAAAUGUCACCUAAUUUUAACAUUCAAAGUGCCUAUUAAGUGCCAAAUGAAGUAACAGGUUUGACUAAAACAGGGUUGACGAUUUCAUCUUAAUUCAGCCAUAAAUCCCUUUGUGACAGGGGGAAUGGAUGCAUAGUAUGUGCAAUUGAAAUCAAGCUUCACACAUUUAUUUUGUAUUAUCUCAUUUGUAUAUGAAUACAACAUCCCCCAUA